AUGGCCUCCCUCAGACUCGCCAGCCGAGGCGCCCAGAGCCUGUGUCGAAUGCGGCCCGCUGCCCUCGCCGCUCGCCCCUUCUCGACGACCUCCCUGCGAAAGUACGCCGCUGCCGAGCCCGUCGGCACCAGACUCGUCCCCGUCGAUGAGGACUUUGCCAAUCCCAGCGAUCCCUACGGCCUGUCCCGCCAGCUGCCCGGUGCCACCAGAAAGUCGCGCGAGAACUCGGUCGAGGACCGCAAGGUCCGACACUACACUGUCAACUUUGGUCCUCAGCAUCCCGCCGCCCACGGUGUGUUGCGUCUGAUUCUUGAGCUCAAUGGCGAGGAGAUUGUCCGCGCCGACCCCCACGUCGGUCUGCUGCACCGAGGUACCGAGAAGUUGAUCGAGUACAAGACAUAUCUCCAGGCCCUGCCUUACUUUGACCGACUCGACUACGUCUCCAUGAUGACCAACGAGCAGUGCUUCGCCCUCGCCGUCGAGAAGCUGCUCAACGUCGAGAUUCCCGAGCGUGCCAAGUUCAUCCGAACCCUCUUUGGCGAGCUCACUCGUGUCCUUAACCACCUGAUGUCCGUCCUCUCUCACGCUAUGGAUGUUGGUGCUUUGACGCCUUUCCUGUGGGGUUUCGAGGAGCGUGAGAAGCUCAUGGAAUUUUACGAGCGUGUCUCGGGUGCCCGUCUCCACGCCGCCUACGUCCGACCCGGUGGUGUUCACCAGGAUAUCCCCGUUGGUCUUCUCGACGACAUUUACCAGUGGGCCACCCAGUUCGGCGACCGUAUCGACGAGACCGAGGAGAUGUUGACCGACAACCGUAUCUGGAUUGAGCGAUUGAGGGGUGUCGGUGUCGUUCCCGCCUCCGAGGCGCUGAACCUCUCCUUCACCGGUGUCAUGCUCCGAGGUUCCGGCGUGCCGUGGGAUAUCCGAAAGAGCCAGCCCUACGACGCCUACGACCAGGUCGAGUUCGACGUCCCCGUCGGAACCAACGGAGACUGCUACGACCGAUACCUCUGCCGAAUGGAGGAGUUCCGACAGUCCCUCCGCAUCAUCCACCAGUGCCUGAACAAGAUGCCCGCCGGCCCCAUCCGCGUCGAGGACUACAAGGUCUCUCCUCCUCCCCGAUCCGCCAUGAAGGAGAACAUGGAGGCCCUUAUCCACCACUUCCUUCUCUACACCAAGGGUUACGCCGUUCCUCCCGGUGAGACCUACUCCGCCAUCGAGGCCCCCAAGGGCGAGAUGGGUGUCUACGUCGUCAGUGACGGUAGCGAGCGGCCAUACCGAUGCCACAUCCGAGCCCCCGGUUUCGCUCACCUGGGUGGUUUCGAUCACGUCUCCAAGGGUCACUUGCUGGCUGAUGCUGUGGCGGUUAUUGGUACUAUGGAUCUGGUGUUUGGUGAGGUCGAUCGGUAA